AUGGAAAAAGACACAUACCUGGGUAUUGUGUGUGCUGUGGUCUCUGCAAUUACCUUUGGAUCCACCUAUGUCCCUUUACAAUGGUUUCAUAAAGGAGAUGGUUUGUAUUUUCAAUGGGUCCAGUCCCUGGGACAACUUUUGGUUGGGGUUAUUGUAGCUCUGACUACUACACCAGCACCAAUACAUCCCAUAGCCAUGCUGAGUGGGAUGUUUUAUUCAAUUGGUAGGGAACUCUCUAACUGUCUCAUCAUGGAUGGGAUAGGACUGGCAAUUGGGUAUUUAUUGUGGAAUACUGUAACUUGUGUCGUCGGUUGGGCUGUCACACGUUUCGGCCUAUUUGCCAACCCCCAUCAAUAUCCAAAAUCCGACUGGUUGAAUAUUUUGGGUGUGGUUACUGUAUGUGUGGGCGGUGCCAUCUACGCCCCAAUUAAGCAUGUCCCAUCAAAAGUUCGUCCAGCUCCAUGGAGUUUAGAAGAGGAUUAUAAUAAGGAUUCAUUGGUAACUAAAGAGGUAAUCGCCUACCCAAUCCUCUCCAAAGCGCCUGGAAUCAUUGUCAGCUUAUGGGCAAUUUUUCUAUUCAAAGAAAUUCAAGGCAAAAAAGAUAUUAUCCAAUUAUACAUUGGAAUCGGUGUCACUUUACUUGGAAUCGCUUUUAUUUCUCUGUCAAAAGUCGAAUUUUGA